CAGUACACAUAAACCCAGAGAAUAUUGCACUACCGGGUCCAUAACUACAGACAGGUGCUUGAUCAUGUCUCUGCUCCUGGCUGCUUUAGCAACUCUGGUCCUUAGGGUCACAGCCCAGGGAGGGUGUGACCCCGCCAGCAACUGUCAGCUACCCAACUGUCGCUGUUUUUUGGACAGUGCUGUUCCCGGGGGUCUGAAUAUGUCGGACGUCCCCCAGUUAGUCGUUCUGACAAUGGACUAUAUCUUAAAUGAAGAAUAUGAACCAUUAUAUAACCAGAUCUUUGUGGUUAACAAUCCUAAUGGAUGUGAGAUAAGGGGAACAUUCUUUGUACAAGAUCAAGGCUCGAACCUGGGACUGGUCAAGCGGUAUGCCGACGGAGGGUUUGAGAUUGGAAUCAAUUCUAUAGAUGGAACAAUUCCUACCACGGAGGGAGACAUGGUCAACAUGAUGAAAACUGUAAAACAGGACCUGAAGACAGCAGGAAUCGACGAUACCAAAGUUAAGGGUGUCAGACUGCCUCAACUAGCGACUUCCGGUGAUACAGAAUUCACCGCUAUCGGUAACAAUGGCUUGCUUUAUGACGCCGGAUGUGUUACAAAUCAGUACGACCAGCAGUUGAAUUACAAAUGGCCGUUCACAUACGACUACCCACCUACCGAAAACCUGUGUACAACCGGCACCUCCGCCACCAGAAAGUACCCAGGUAAAUGGCAGGUGCUCGUUGCCGAUCUGACGUGGAAGGGGAACAAAUGUCCCUCCCCAGCUGGGUGUGCCGGGGUCGAUACCCAGAAGGACGUGUUUGAUCUUUUAUACAAUAAUUUUGCCUCCCACUAUGAAGGUAACAAGGAACCCUAUGUGAUUGUGUUGGACCCUCUGUGGAUGAAGACCGACUACAAACUGGAGGGCACUAUAGAGUUUGUGGAUUACGUCAGAGCAGCUUUUGACGAUGUGUGGGUCGUUACGGCUGACCAGAUGUUACAGUGGGUCCAGACCCCAACCAAAAACUCGGAUCUUAACAACUUCGCUCCAUUCCAGUGUUAAAAAACAUCAAUUCAUUUUACAUGUGUAGAACUUUAAGUGCGGGACUCUCUCGCAGUUUUAUACCGGUAGUAUUCAAACAGUUAGUUUGUAUCGUUUUUC